UGUAGGCAGAAUAUACUGUCCUUAAACAACGAAGGACUUGGAAACUCGAUUAAAACAAGCAUAGAGAGUUUGCUUUGCAAGUGGGAAUGGCUCUUCAGGCUGCUUCUUUGGUUUCCUCUGCUUUUGUUUUCCCCAAAGAGGGAAAAUCUAAUGCAUCUUUCAAGGAUUCAAGUUUGUUCGGAGUUUCACUUUCAGAACAUGUCAAAGCUGACUUUAGCUCUUGUGCAUUGAAGUGCAAGAGGGAAUUCAACCAAGGAGUUGGGGCUGUAAGAGCCCAAACAAUGGUCGCUGCUACUCCAGAACUCGACAGAGCUUCUUCAGAAGGCAAGAAAACCCCUAGGCAGGGCACUUGCAUUGUCACUGGUGCUUCCUCUGGAUUAGGUCUGGCAACAGCUAAGGCUCUAGCUGAGACUGGAAAAUGGCACAUAAUUAUGGCCUGCAGGAACUUCCUGAAGGCAGAAAGGGCUGCUAAAUCAGCUGGCAUUGCAAAAGAAAACUACACCAUUAUGCAUUUGGACCUUGCUUCACUUGACAGUGUCCGCCAAUUUGUGGAUACCUUUAGGCGAUCAGGGAGGCCACUUGAUGUGCUAGUUUGCAAUGCAGCUGUUUACUUGCCAACUGCGAAAGAGCCUGCAUUCACUGCUGAAGGAUUCGAACUUAGUGUUGGAACUAACCAUCUGGGUCAUUUCCUCCUUUCAAGAUUGUUGCUUGAGGACAUGAAGAAAUCUGAUUACCCAUCAAAACGUCUCAUAAUUGUUGGCUCAAUUACAGGGAACACAAAUACAUUGGCUGGAAAUGUACCUCCUAAGGCCAAUCUAGGUGACUUGAGGGGACUUUCAGGGGGCUUGAAUGGACUAAACAGAUCAGCCAUGAUUGAUGGUGGCGUGUUUGAUGGUGCCAAAGCCUACAAGGACAGCAAGGUCUGCAACAUGCUCACCAUGCAAGAGUUCCACAGGCGUUUGCAUGAGGAAACCGGCAUUGCAUUUGCUUCCCUUUACCCUGGUUGCAUUGCCACAACAGGCUUGUUCAGGGAGCACAUUCCCUUGUUCAGGCUUCUAUUCCCUCCAUUCCAAAAGUACAUUACUAAGGGCUUCGUCUCCGAGCACGAAGCUGGAAAAAGACUUGCUCAGGUUGUGAGUGAUCCAAGUUUGACGAAAUCAGGGGCAUACUGGAGCUGGAACAAACACUCAGCUUCAUUUCAGAACCAGCUGUCUCAGGAAGCUAGUGAUGCAGAGAAGGCUCGUAAAGUAUGGGAGAUUAGCGAGAAACUUGUUGGCUUGGCCUAAAUGAGAAGGGCUUGAGAGAAUUUCUUGUCGAAUAAUCUUUUCCAUGGGAGAGGAUAAUGUUAAUCCAAAAAAGUCUUUUUUGUGAGUUUGGGGUUUGGGUUCGGAUGAUUUGCUUUUGUAAACAAUUUUCCCUUUUUAGAUGUAGAUGACUUUGUAGCAAUGGCAAAUAAAAUCACUAAACCAUAUCGCAAA